AUGGGGCCAUCUGACAGUUCAUGUCCUAUAGAUUUACAUCAAAUGUUCAAACCUUCACGAUGUGUUUUGCCACAAAAGAUUGAGACUUUAGCUGCAACAAUUGUUGAUUCUAUAGGCUUGGAGAUGCCUCCUAUGAACUUUUUUGAGAUAGCUAGACGAUAUAUUCGACAGUUAAAGCUUCCUUAUGAAAAGAUUCUGCCUAAAGCAAUGCUUAUCUAUGAAUGGUCUUUGUCUCCCGGUUUAUGGUUAUCCAGAAAUCAGUCAAGGUUUCCAACUCGCUUAUGUGUUCUCUCAAUUAUAAUUGUAGCCAUUCGGAUGUUGUAUAACAUUAAUGGUUUUGGAUUUUGGGAGAGGAGUUUGUCCAAUAAUGCGGCUCCAAGUGACUCUAGAGACAAAAAAAAAUGUUUAAUGGAUUUAAAUCUUGAGCGGGAUCAACUUGAAGAGGAAGCUGCCAAGCUGCUUUGCCACCUUCAUUCCUUGUACACUGGGGUUCCAAAACAAUAUGAACUUGAUGUUUUUGGGUAUGUGGAGUCAGAGUAUGCAAAGGACUUGCAAACAUAUCUCAAACAUUGUGAGGAUUUUGUCUUUGCUAGAUUGGAACCGCCUUUUGAAGACUACAAAGAGAACAUGAUGGUUAAAGAUGGGGAGGUGUCAAAGGUGUCAGAACCCAAAACUGAUGAGCAAAAAUUUGCAGGCAUCGAAGAAAAUCAAGCUCUCAAAAUAUUGAAAUUGGACAUGCAAGAGAAGGGAUUUAAUUACCUACCUCCAAGGAUAAAACCAAGAAAAUUCAAUUACAUUUACUAUGGGAGAAAGAAGGAUGAUGGUAUUUUGGCUUAUAUUGCUCAUGCUGAUUAUUACAUUUUACUUCGUGCUUGUGCUUAG